CAUCAUAAUCACAGUGCGGCAGUCAGCGGCAAAGUAUAAACAAUCCAUCCUUCCACCGUCGUCGUCGGUCUUUUCAGAACGAAAAUUUUCUCCUAGCCCCAGCGACGUAGGACAUCCGGAGGAAGUUAGGAAAAAUCAAUAGUUACGUUACGUGAAAGUGCGAUGUUUAGUGAUUGAUGGGCGACGUAUAAAAGGAAUAUUUCGCAAUGUUUUGCAUGUGCAGUUUGAUCUACGUGGCGUUGUUCAUCGGUUCGUUCUUGCUGAUUGGGCUGCUGACGGUGUUCCUGUUGCUUCGUCAGUUGAUUAAAAGUCAGAAGAACAAGCGCCGGUCCAAUAACGAUAAUGACAAGUAUGUGGCCCUGUUUCAUCCGUACUGCAAUGCCGGGGGCGGCGGAGAACGAGUGUUGUGGUGCGCCGUGAAAGCCCUGCAGAAUAAGUACGAUGGGAUCAAGCUGUUUGUUUACACUGGGGACUUGGAGGCAACGCCAAAGGAGAUUUUGGACAAAGCAGAGAGGACUUUCAAUAUCAACUUGGACCGGAAGAGAGUCCAGUUUGUGUACUUGAAGAAGCGCAACUGGGUUGAAGCAAAUCGAUACCCGUACUUUACCUUGUUGGGUCAAAGUCUGGGAUCGAUGGUUCUGGCAAUGGAAGCACUGUUGAAUUUGCAACCGGACAUCUUCAUUGAUACGAUGGGGUACGCUUUCACGUAUCCGAUAUUCUCGUACAUCGGGGGAUGCAAAAUCGGUUGCUACACGCAUUAUCCAACGAUCAGCACCGACAUGCUGAGAAGGGUGCAAAACCACGUCAACACUUUCAACAACCGAGGGUACGUGGCCAAGAAUCCGUUUGCGACGUGGAUCAAAAUUGUCUACUACAGGAUUUUCUCAAAAAUCUACGGAAUGGUUGGACGGUGUGCCGAUACGGUCAUGGUAAAUUCUAGUUGGACAGAGAACCACAUUAUUUCCCUUUGGGACGUACCGUACAAGACCCAUCGGGUAUACCCUCCGUGUGAGGUCUCCCAUCUGAAGAAACUCCAAUCGUUGGCCAGUGCCCACGACAAAAUCAUCAUCCUAUCAGUCGGACAGUUCCGUCCGGAAAAAGAUCAUCCCUUGCAACUGCAGGCCAUGUAUGAGUUGAGAACACUGCUCAAUAAGGACGAAGCGUUGUGGAAUCGGCUGCGUUUGGUCAUCGUCGGAUCGUGUCGUGGCGAAGAGGACCGAGAACGGGUGAAGAAUAUGCAGGACUUUGCCAAGCACCUGUCGCUGGAGAACUCGGUGGAAUUCAGGGUGAACGUUUCGUAUCAGGAGUUGAUUCAGUGCUACCAGGUGGCUACUAUUGGACUGCAUGCCAUGUGGAAUGAACACUUUGGAAUUAGUGUGGUCGAUUGUAUGGCAGCAGGGUUGAUCAUGGUGGCGAACAGAUCUGGCGGCCCCCUAAUGGACAUUGUGGAAACCUCAGAAGGAAGCCAAAACGGUUACUUGGCAAUCGAUGCCUACGAUUACGCCCGAUGCAUUGCAACGAUUCUGUACAACAGCCGGGACUACAAUAACAAGAUUCGCGAAGCGGCCCGUGCUUCGGUGGACCGUUUCUCCGAAAAGGAGUUCGAAAAUGGAUUCCUCCGAGCCAUUUCCCCCAUACUGGAUGACAAAGAAUUUCGCUAGAUGAUUAAAGAUCUCGGAUUUAUUUUGUAAAUAUUUAAGAUUUAUAGAUUUUAGCGUAAAAGUUGCACGCCGUACGCUUUCCAAGGUGUCUCAAGUAUAAUCAGUAGAUCUUUGUUCGGAUAUUCUUGAAUCAAUUGACUUACAUUUACCUCUAAGCCAAACUACUGUACAACAACCAUCAUCCUAGAAAACCAAUGUGAGAAAAAAACAAGAUCGAAUAAACUUCUCCCGAAGCAGUUUAAAUCAUUUACUGUAAUACAA